AUGAAGAGGCCAAAUAUGGAGGAGGAAGAGGACUUUGUAGGUUGCAUUACCUGCAUGUCCACAAACGAUUUAUGCGACCUAUUUGUUAAUUACGCGAACAAUGAAGAAACUUACGCCCAAAUGCUUGAAACCUGUUUCGAAAUAAAGGUAACAAAUGAUUUUAAAUACAUAUGUGCGAUUUGUGUUGAGAAACUUGAAAAAUCCUACGAGUUCAAAGAUCAGACGGUUAAAAGUAUUGAUAUGCUUCAAUCCAUUAAAGAGGAAGAGUAUUUGGACGAGGCAAUCUUUGAUGAUCCGGACAAAGAAAAGUCCAGGAAAGCCGAUUUGAAUUAUGAGGAUGAUGAAGAGCAUGAAAUUGAAGCUCUAGAUGAAACUCGCUGCAUCUACUGCGACCUUCAGCUGGGGACGUCAGAGGAGGUCCAGCACCAUGUGAGGCUUAGACACGGCCUGGAGCCCCGGACAGGGCGCAGGGUGACGCAGUGCCACCUGUGUGGGGCUUCGCUGAGGGACCUGGCUGAUCACAUCAAUAGAUGCCACAGCAGUUCGGAGACAGAGCGCCAAUACGGAUGCCACUUCUGCGACAAUGUCUACAACAGCAAGAAGGCUUGCUUCACGCAUCUAAGGAUGAAGCACGGACUUAAGCUCUGCAAUGACCACACUCCGAAGUAUUCGUCUCGAGAUAGGAAGAAGUGUCACAUCUGUGGCAGAGACUUCAGCCAGAAGCAGAUUUUGAACAACCAUCUGUGGAAAGCUCAUGGAUUCGAGGUGGAGAAGCGCAAGGCGUUCUUCUGUCCGUUGUGUUCGGAGCGCGUGAGUUACGGCGCUAACUUCAGCGCGCACCUCUCUCAGCAGCACGACGUGACCGAGGACGUGGAACAGCUGGAGUUCAGCUCUAUGGACGAUUUCAUGCUGUACAAGAGCGCUAUUCAAGAGGAAACCAAGUUUAGGUUCAGGAAGACGACAGCCAGCAAGCAGACCAUAGAAGGAGUCAGGUCACACUACAUGUGUAGCCAGUCGGGGAUAUACGUGUACCAGGGUAAAGGUAAACGCCCCGCGCCCGAGCGUCAGAUCUACAAGACGGGUAAGGCGUGCCCGGCUCACAUGAUAGUGACGGAGACCUUGGACAGGGUGCUCGUCACCUUCUACAAGACGCACGUGGGACACGGCACGUGUCCAUACUACGAGCCACGCGACCCGAAGCGCUCUAAACAAGAGGAGCAAGCCUUGGUGUGUGACACGUGCGGCGCGAGGGUCGCGGCCGGCAGGCUGAGGGCGCAUGUGGCCGCGCACGGGCUGCAUCUGUUCCCGUGCGACUACUGCGACCAGCUGUUCCAGAACAUUGACGCGUGGACCCAACACACGAGGACAGAACACGCGGUCGGCUCACUGUUCUGA